CCCAACUCAGAGGAAGAUGCAGCACAUUUCCAACAUUUCCAUUCUGAUCAUGUACACUAUGUACUUCCUUGCUGCUCUCUUUGGAUACCUAACAUUUUACACUAAUGUUGAGGCCGAGCUUCUGCACACAUACAGCAGGAUCGACCCCUACGACACUCUCAUCCUCUGCGUGCGUUUGGCUGUGCUCACCGCCGUCACGCUGACUGUGCCCAUCGUUCUGUUCCCAGUGAGUUUAACAUGUUCAUAUGCUCAUAUCAUAGAGAUUGUGCUGUUUUGAGCAGUUUUACCACAG